AUGCCUUUUCUAGCUGAAGAUCCCUGGGUUAAUGGCCAAGCAAGUUCCUUUGACUUGGCUGAGCUCGACAACUGCGCCAUUGCCAUCGAUGCGUCUUACUACCUCGGCCACAUCCUCGACGCCACAACCGCUCACGAGCCUCUCCUCUCAGCCCUCGGCGGCCUGACCGGCAUCAACACGCACAUCAACCAGAAUUUGGAUCAUUGGGAAAAGAGCAACAUUAUACCUUUCUUCAUUUUUGACGGCCAGUCCAUUACCGGCCAGGAUGAAGUGUCACUCAAGCGUGGCCGUGCUGCCAAUGUCAAGACUGAAGAGGCAUGGAAUCUUUACUCGCAAUCGUCAGCAGAGCAGGCCGUUAAUACCUUUGGCGCCAAUCCCGGCUUAGGUGCAUUCCGUCUUCAGAACCUCUAUCCGCUCCUGCAGGCGAUUCUGAAGAAACGCAAUCUUCAUUUUCUUGUCGCUCCCUACAAUGCGAGCGCACAGGUAAGCGAUACUCGCGACAUAUCACAACCAUCGACUAAAACUUGGCAGCUCGCAUACUUUGAAAUGCUCGACUCUGAUCAAUGCGCCGGUGUCAUGGGCUCACAGGAGCUUUUGCUUUACCCUGUCAAGGACUGUGUCAUCCGCAGCAUCGAUUUUGAGAACAAGACUGUCACUGCCAUCUCUAGGAAGCGCGUAAUGCGAGCUCUUGGAGUCGGAGAGGCUAUGCUCAUUGACGCCCUGCUCAUGAGUGGUACUUCUUUUCUUCCACCCUUUCCUCCACUGUUGGAGCCUUCCAUCUAUCAGCAUUCUUUCACCAUUAUGGAUGCUGUCAACAUUCUGCGCACAUCGGAUAAGUCUGUGGCGACAGCAUGCGCAUCAUUCAACGAUAUCCUCGUUUCCCAGGACCCCAACUGGCUCGACAAGUACCGCAAAGCCAGGAUGGCGGUGCAUCACUUUAUCCACAUUACCGAGCAAGGCGAAGUGCGAGUCAAUGAUUUUGAUAACCUCACUCAAGACAAUCACGAAUACCUGGGUCUGCAACUCCCUGCCGAGCUGUUUCACUACCUAAACACUGGCUUGAUUGGCUCCAGAAUGCUGAACUGUAUAACACACGGUCAGAUUCUCGUGCAGCCAACCUUGGACGGAGCUGCCUCGGACGAGUACAAGAAGCUCAUGACUUCCAAAAUCGUGCCCAUCAAGGAGCAGGCUCUUGGGCUUAUCAUUCCCAGAGUCCAUCGCGGCAUUGGACACAAGGACAUUACCAUGCGUGUAUGGUUCGACUCCAAGUUUUCCCACAAGAUCAACCACCGUGCCCUGCAGCCGGUCCCCUCUCAGGUUGUCGGCACCUGGGAUGUCAAGGAAAAGGAUCUGCGUGAAUUUUUUCCUGCCGAUUUUGCUGGCCCCGUGUAUCUCGAGGUCCUCGCUCUUGCCAACACGGACUUUGUCGAAAAGACGAUUAGCCGUGACAAGGUGAUACGCGGUGUCGAUAGUACCGGCAUGGUCGUUUCUGUUGCUAUCUGGCGCUUCCUCCACCUCCGCGGCUACGUAAACGACUCACACCAGCUGACAAAGUGGGGUAACGCCCUGGCUACCACGUUGCUGGUUCUCAAGGAAGCCACGGAAACUCGCCCUGAUGCGCCUGCUCUCGACGAGGCUGCACUUUUGGCAUUUGAGCUUGUCAAGUUUGGUUUGCUGACAGGACAGUAUCAUGAAGGCACCCCGGGUCUUCCCCGCAAGGGCAGCGACGCUGACAAGGCUGCCGUGGUUCUCAUCAGCCAGGCCGCCACUCUCCUUAAGCUGCGACACCAAGUAUUUGGCUACACUGGCCCCCUGAACAAGAGCCUGCUCAUGUUCCGUUCUCUAUCAUCGGCUGUUCGUGAAGCCGAUCGGGAUCUGAUCGAGGCCAUUGUCGCGUCCAUGUUCAUGUACGGUCAAUGCAAGCGUGAGAGAGACGACCAGCUUGAAAUCAGCCAAAAGCUUCCAUUUUUGCAGGAGCCCGACAUUGGCCUGGGUAUCGCUGUGCGCACCUUUUUCGACGAUGAUGAAGCUGGCGACAGCAAGGAGGCACGGGCUGCACGCCUGGAAGAGUUUCCCAAGACCUUUGUACCAUAUGCCGAGGCCCUGACGGAAGAUGUCCGCCUCGUUGUUGAUUUUGUUAAUGCCAUCAACCAAGGCUUGCAGACUCUGGACAGCAAGGAAUUGCGUGCCGAAGACAAGGCCGCUUGGGCCAAGGCUCAGGCAUAUCUCGACGCCAGACCCUUUUGA